UUUAAUAGUCAGUUUGUGUUUUCAGUUGGAGUUGAGAUAGUCAUUCCAUUUUAUUGUGUUUCUGUUCGUACUUUUGUUUAAACCAUGUCUCGUCAUUCUCGUUUUCUUCGGACAAAGACCGUUCGCUCCAAUCCGAGUUAUAAGCGCUAUCUUUCAUCGAAAGGCUCAAAAGUUGACGUGCCGCCAAUUGAUUACAACAUUAGCUUUUGGUUCUACACUAAUCGCCAUAGUUUGGAUUCGCAAUAUGUUGAUCGCUCCUAUGAUGAAUAUGAAUCAAUUGAUUUCACAAAGCGGAAAGAAAAGGAAUUUUAUGAUGAUAUUAGCCAGGAUCCAAGUUAUUCCAAAUUCAAAGUACCAUUCCAGAUGAUAUGCCAAGAGCGUUACUCGGAUAGUAUUAAACGAUAUGAUCAACAGUUUUCCCAUGAGAUAAGCAACAUAAUCGAUAAUCAGCCAACGGCCAGAGAGGCAUGUUAUUUUGUGCGAACUGUCGCGUAUACGACUUUAUGGCCACCCUAUCAUAAUGAAAAGGAACUGGACCACUCAAGUCGCCUUUUCUAUGCACUGACUCCUGAAGAAAAAGCUCGCUUUCAAUACAUUAUGUCGAAUGAUUUCUCCUAAACGUAAACUUUCGAGAAUUCGAAAUAAAAUUCAAGUUAAAUAAUAGGUUUAAACAAGGAUAAAAUUGAC